AUGUCAACUAUUCACUUCACAGAGUCCGGAAAAAUUAAUCUAAAACCAAACUUAAAUAGUUUUAGUCCAAAGAGAGUUGCCAGAGUGAUCAAUGUGUUCCUGGUGAUCAAUGUGUUCCUGGUGGUGAUCAAUGUGUUCCUGGUGGUGAUCAAUGUGUUCCUGGCUGUGAUCAAUGUGUUCCUGGUGAUCAAUGUGUUCCUGGUGGUGAUCAAUGUGUUCCUGGUGGUGAUCAAUGUGUUCCUGGUGGUGAUCAAUGUGUUCCUGGUGGUGAUCAAUGUGCUCCUGGUGGUGAUCAAUGUGUUCCUGGUGUUGAUCAAUGUGUUCCUGGUGGUGAUCAAUGUGUUCCUGGUGGUGAUCAAUGUGUUCCUGGUGGUGAUCAAUGUGUUCCUGGCUGUGAUCAAUGUGUUCCUGGUGAUCAAUGUGUUCCUGGUGGUGAUCAAUGUGUUCCUGGUGGUGAUCAAUGUGUUCCUGGUGGUGAUCAAUGUGCUCCUGGUGGUGAUCAAUGUGCUCCUGGUGGUGAUCAAUGUGUUCCUGGUGGUGAUCAAUGUGUUCCUGGUGGUGAUCAAUGUGUUCCUGGUGGUGAUCAAUGUGUUCCUGGCUGUGAUCAAUGUGUUCCUGGUGAUCAAUGUGUUCCUGGUGGUGAUCAAUGUGUUCCUGGUGGUGAUCAAUGUGUUCCUGGUGGUGAUCAAUGUGUUCCUGGUGGUGAUCAAUGUGCUCCUGGUGGUGAUCAAUGUGUUCCUGGUGGUGAUCAAUGUGUUCCUGGUGGUGAUCAAUGUGUUCCUGGCUGUGAUCAAUGUGUUCCUGGCUGUGAUCAAUGUGUUCCUGGUGGUGAUCAAUGUGUUCCUGGUGGUGAUCAAUGUGCUCCUAGUGGUGAUCAAUGUGCUCCUGGUGGUGAUCAAUGUGUUCCUGGUGGUGAUCAAUGUGCUCCUGGUGGUGAUCAAUGUGUUCCUGUUGGUGAUCAAUGUGUUCCUGGUGGUGAUCAAUGUGCUCCUGGUGGUGAUCAAUGUGAUCCUGGUGGUGAUCAAUGUGUUCCUGGUGGUGAUCAAUGUGUUCCUGGUGGUGAUCAGUGUGUUCCUGGUGGUGAUCAAUGUGUUCCUGGCUGUGAUCAAUGUGUUCCUGGCUGUGAUCAAUGUGUUCCUGGUGGUGAUCAAUGUGUUCCUGGCUGUGAUCAAUGUGUUCCUGGUGAUCAAUGUGUUCCUGGUGGUGAUCAAUGUGUUCCUGGUGGUGAUCAAUGUGUUCCUGGUGGUGAUCAACGUGUUCCUGGUGGUGAUCAACGUGUUCCUGGCGGUGAUCAACGUGUUCCUGGCGGUGAUCAACGUGUUCCUGGUGGUGAUCAACGUGUUCCUGGCGGUGAUCAACGUGUUCCUGGCGGUGAUCAAUGUGUUCCUGGCGGUGAUCAACGUGUUCCUGGUGGUGAUCAACGUGUUCCUGGCGGUGAUCAACGUGUUCCUGGCGGUGAUCAACGUGUUCCUGGCGGUGAUCAACGUGUUCCUGGUGGUGAUCAACGUGUUCCUGGUGGUGAUCAACGUGUUCCUGGCAGUGAUCAAUGUGUUCCUAGCGGUGAUCAAUGUAUUCCUGUUGAUGAAUACAUAA